UAUUUUUGUUAUUACAGCCCUGCAAAGUUUUCUCUGCCCACUGGACUGGUUCGUCUGGUUAGUAAGCAGAUCAACUGGCACCUAGUACUUGCAAGCAAUGGUAAAUUGUUGGCAGUUGUUCAAGACCAGUGCGUAGAAAUCAGAUCUGCAAAAGAUGACUUUGGAUCCAUAGUUGGAAAAUGUCAAGUGCCAAAGGAUCCUAAUCCUCAGUGGAGGCGAGUGGCAUGGAGUCAUGAUUGUACGUUACUUGCUUAUGCUGAAAGCACUGGAACAGUGAGAGUGUUUGACCUAAUGGGUAGUGAGCUUUUGGUCAUCUCACCAACAGCAAGUUUUCCAGGAGAUCUGAGUUAUGCUAUUGCUGGAUUAAUCUUUCUAGAAUACAAAGCAAGUGCCCAAUGGUCAGCUGAACUGCUUGUUGUUAAUUAUCGUGGAGAACUGAGAAGUUAUCUUGUCAGUGUUGGAACAAAUCAGAGCUUUCAAGAAAGUCAUAGUUUCAGCUUUAGCAGCCAUUAUGCCCAUGGAAUAACUACUGUAAUUUAUCAUCCGGGUCACAGACUUCUCCUUGUAGGAGGCUGUGAAACAGAUGAAGAUGGAGUGUCUAAAGCGACUGGUUGUGGGAUAUCUGCUUGGAGAGUUCUUUCAGGCUCCCCCCAUUAUAAACAGGUCCCUAGUUAUGAAGAUGACGUUAGAACAGCGCAGAGAAGAGGAUUAUUAAGGAUUAUGAAUUUAAGAUUUUACGGCAGAAGGGGAACAGAACAG